CGCGAAGCACUUGAAGAACGAAAUAGACCUCAACCCUCCGCUUUUGAAAAGCCCAGGUUUUUGAGCGAAGGAGAUAACUUCCUUUCGGAGAGAAAACCCGAGUUGAUUGAGCUGUUGGACCCGCAAGCCGUCGUCGGCGGAAGAGGGUUGGAUGCUUGCGAGUGCCGCGAUUGGCACGGGUGCAUCAUGAUGAGCAGCAUCAAGGGCCAGGAGAGUGUGCAGCCCUACAAGUUCUCAGCCUGCUCGCUGCAGGACUACAUGAAAGAGAUGACGAGCAGGGGUGCUGUUUGUCUCCGAAACAUGCCCAACCAGGUGAGACGGGUUUCCUUUGUAUGGGAAAACGUGAUCCGACAUGCGGACGUUCCGACGUAUACAAACACGGUCCAAGCACCAAUUACGUCCGCAUGUCGGGGUCUCACUAUUUUCCUGGGCUAUGAACAAGCUAUAAGAACGGGGUAUAGGAAAAGAGUGGGCGGUCAGGGUCGUGUUUUAAGGAAGGUCCAGCAUGUGUGUGUUCGGGUUGGGGGCCCACACCAGCGCGAAACUGCGUACAAGUGCAUGAACCCCCUGCGCGGCCAAAAAAACCGAGGGCAACAAACAAUUCCUCAGUGUCAGGGAAGCUUUGACAUGCCGACCUCAGGAAGGAGAUUACCUGCAUGCACUCCUCCGCGGUACGACCAGCGCAUCGUCGUCAGCGCUUGUUCGGCCAGCGAGCAGCACCAUGCAGGAAACCGCAGGAGCAGACAGCGAAUAACUGCGUUUGUGUUGAACCCACUGCAGAGGGAUCGGCUCGAGGCGUGCGGAAACGGGGUCCUGGACGACCUGGAGGAGUGCGACUGCGGCGCCAUGGAGCACUGCGAAGAGGUGGAUCCUUGCUGCGAUCCCAUCACGUGCCGCCUGAAGGAGGGCAGCGAGUGUUCCAAGGGGCUUUGCUGUGAUAAUUGCAAAGUGAGUUACGCCGGGGCGUCGUUUUCCGCC